AUGCGUUCUAUUUUUUCAAAACUAAAUCUAUCAGUGCCUGUUAUAAUAAAUCGCUUUAUAAAAACUUCAUCAGUGAUGGCGAAAAGUAAAUUCGAGUAUGUAAGACUUUAUGAGCGGGAUAAUGUUUGCCUGCAAAAUUGCUGGAUUGUUGUGAGGAUAGAUGGAAAAAAUUUUUCAAAAUUCUCAGACGACCACAAAUUUUUAAAGCCUAAUGAUAUCAGAGCUCUUGAGUUAAUGAACAUAGCCGCUUCUGCGGUAAUAAGAGAGUUCCAUGAUAUUGUAUUAGCAUUUGGGCAGAGUGAUGAGUAUUCGUUCGUUUUUAGGAAAGAAACUAGCGCUUAUAAUCGCCGAGAAACUAAACUGCUGACUUACGUUAAUUCUCUUUUCUCAUCGGCGUAUACAUUCCACUGGCGUGACUUCUUUACAGAAUGUGCCUUGAAAUAUCCGCCGUCCUUUGAUGCCAGGGUGGUACUCUACCCAUCGGACGAAAAUUUAAGAGAUUAUUUAUCCUGGAGGCAAGCUGAUGUUCACAUUAAUAAUUUAUACAACACUUGCUUUUGGAAUUUAGUACAACGGCAAAAUAUGACUACCGCAGAAGCUCAAGAAAAAUUAAAAGGAACAGUCAGUAGCCAAAAGAACGAUUUACUUUUUGAUAGUUUUGGAAUUAAUUACAACAAUGAGCUGCCGAUUUAUCGGAAAGGUACAACGAUAAUUAAAAAAUUAAUACCCGACGAAAAUGGUAAAAUGAAGUCAACAGUUUUAAUUCUGAAUGAAGACAUCAUAGGAGACAGAUUUUGGAAAGAACAUCCCGAGAUUCUAGACCCAAAAGCUAAAGCAAAAAUCAAUAAUUUAAAUUGUAAAAAAUCAAAGUCGUAA